AUGCCUUCUAGCAUCUCGUUUAGCCAUCACGGCUUGUUGCUGUGCAACUUGUUCGUUUCCGCCGCAUACGCGACACUCCCUUAUACACCUUCCUACAUAUUUCCCAGCAACCGAUCAAACAGCAGUCUCGCCUACGUGCUUCAGCCGAAUGCAGAUCAAGAUGCUAUCGAGUUUCUCUCCUUAGACCUAUCCAACUUCAACCCCGCCAGUCCUCAAUCCACCGUUCUCUACCACAGCGUUCCCUUUGCCGCGAAUAAUGACGGGGCUUUUAUUCCCAUUUUAAACACAAAUGGGGUUAUCAAUGUCAUCCAGGGUAACUGCCAAGGAUCACAAGGUGCACCGCUAGUGUGGACAUUCCAUGCCGACCAAGACAGUCAUAGUGGGAACGGGACAUGGAAGUCGUUGCCGGCGGAGCAGCCGUCGACAAACGGGUCCAACUUGGGAUAUCUUGCAAGCGGCUUUGCAUUUGCAUCGUCGAAUGACACGUCGGCCGACCUAUAUACAUUCGGAGGCAUGUGCCCGUCCACCGACAGCACUUUGGCAGACUGGGUUUCGGCUGCGAACUACUCACAAUCCAUGACGCUACUUGCGCCAAACAACUCGUCUCAGCCUUCUAGCUACGGCAUCGAAGACAUUACACCCACCAGUCCACCUGUUGCAGAAGCCGGCUAUACCGUCACGGAACUUCAGCGAGUCAGCUCCACGACUUCCACUGGCCGGAACGUUCAAGAAGGGGAGUUUCUGUUCAUCGGAGGUCACACCCACAACGCCUUUAUCAACAUGUCGACCAUUGCUUUGUUCUCUCUUCCCCAGGCCGGAUGGACAUAUAUUCCAGUUGACCUGGAUGACGGUUCUCCUAGGACUGAUCUGGCCGUUCGUGACACUCAAGUCGAACCGAGAUCUGGACAUACCGCAGUGAUAUCUUCGGAUGGGAGCAGGAUCGUUAUCUUUGGUGGAUGGGUCGGUGAUACAAACACACCAGCCAAUCCGCAGCUCCUCGUUCUCGAAGUUGGUGAAGACUACGGUGGCUCGGGUGAAUGGACAUGGACAGUUCCACAGCCCAUUGGAUCUGGUCCAUCGCAAGACUCUGGGAUUUUUGGGCAUGCAGCAACUAUGCUGGAUGGAGAUGUGAUGAUGAUAUCAGGUGGUUACACCAUUUCAACGGCGUCGACAAACUCAAAACGGGACUCGUCGACUUUUGAGACCAACUCUCAAGUUCAUCUUUACAACGUAACCUCGAAUGCUUGGACAUCGACAUACACCCAGCCCAACUCGCAGAAUGCCGGGUCGGGACAAGGGACAGGUAGUGCUCUUGAUUCUUCUGGAGAAAAGGCUGGCCUCGGAAUUGGGGUCUCCGCCGCAGCCAUUGCGGUUAUCGGAGUUGCUUACGUGGUGUGGUCAAGGAAGCGUUGGAACCAUCGUCGACACAGAGACAAGGAGCUACGAAAGCUAGCUUUUGGGGCCGAGCGUUCGAAUAUCUGGAGUGAUCAGGGAAUUGAAUCCAGUUACCGGAACCCAGAGGACGACAGUGUACGCAAUUCUAUUCUCGAAAACCUGUACUCUUCGGGCCAAAGUCAUCACUACAGCGCGGUGCCGGGCCCUGGGACCCAGGGCCCCAUACCCGAAGCAGAGAGAACCGGGUUACUCUACGAAGUCCCUAGUCCAACAAGAGGUCUUCGAAGGAACUUAACAGGCCGCCCACAGCGAGUUCAGUCUGCAGGUUGGUACGAUGAAGCCAGGACGGGCUAUGGAGCUGGAUCUAUUCACCCCAUUGACGAACGUGACGAAUACGAAACAUCGCCAGAGGCUGAGGAAAGGGAAACGGGCCGUCAAACUCCUAGAAUGACAGAGUUAUCUGAUCCCUUUGCCGACCCCGGAUCUCCUUCUCGUGUGCCGCUGAUUACUUUCCCUGAAAGUCCGGUAAUGAAGCAGCAAGGGUCGGAUAGUAUGUCGGUACGCUCAGAGGGAGCUCGCAGCGCAUCACCUGAGAAAAGCGAGAGAACGAAUUCCAGCUUGUCCGAGGCAUCCAUUUCCAACCUGUCCGACACUUCCAUACAGCGGUCUCAUAUUGGGUCAAUAAGAGGAAGACACCUUCUUCAGUCUGCCAUUCCAAUUCUGGAGCCAUCUAAUCACGAAACCACUGCCGCAAGUGGACGCAAUUCACCCGAAAAAUCUCCCGGUCGAGCAGAGCGUUUAGAAAGCGACAGUGUGCGAUGGCCAUUUGACCGAUCCGGUACAGUCGACUCUUUCUCAACCUCGUCGAGCCGACGCAAACAAUCACAUCUGGAAGGGGAGACUCUUCUCGGGUCUGCUCCGGAGUGGUCUACACCGCCAGAAUCCCCUACACGAUCACUAGAAUCAGAACACAAGCGCGGUGGGUCGACAUGGAUGGGUAGUCUUCGAAAGACACUUUCAAACGCGAAGAAAGCUGCUACAUCCAUGCACUCUAACACUUCUGAUAAUAAUAACAACAACGCCGCCGCCGCAUCAGAAAAGGCACCGUCUCCUGAACCCGGGCCAUCAACAGCCAGACGACCAUCCAACGCCUCUAUAGCACAUUUACAGCGCAGACAAGGACCGAGAGACUGGGCUAUUGAUGGCCGACAAUCACGGAGUAGUGUCAUGUCACUCUCACACACCGACGACGACGACCCUUUCGACGACGAGGACGAUGACUGGGACGUCGAGGCUGCAGUUGAAGGACGACUAGUUCAGAUUACUUAUACGGUGCCCAAGGAAAGACUACGAGUAGUCAAUGCCGGUGUAGCUGACCGCGUCACUGUGGAUGAUGAGUCCGAUAAAGAAUCCAGAGCAUCUGUCGGUUAG